AUGGCGUUUAGACCAACCCAUCGAAACGACAAGGGGCGCAGCUGGCUGUUGGGCGACACACCAGCAGCGUCGGAGCACGUGCAGCUGCAGGUGGACCCUAUCCGCUCAGGGCUGGACCAAGAAAUCGGGUCUCUCAGAGACCAGGUGUCCAAGCUAAAGAGAGUAGCAGGCGACAUAGCCCUUGAGACCAAGCAGCAGAACGAUAUCCUUAAUCAACUGGAGCACACCAUGUCUAAGGCACGGGCAGCAGUGCGCAACACUAUGCGGAAGGUAGACAGGCACCUUAAGGGCAGUGGGUCCGCGCACCUGUUACACGUCAUCCUCUUUGCGCUAGCGUGCUUCCUCUUUGUGUACCUCUGGAAGAAACUUCGUCACUCCAUGCCCCUCGCCCUCUACUUUGUGCAAGAAACCGCCGCCGCCGCCGCCGCUAUGGGGCUUCCACCCUCGCGAACAGAGUUGGCAGGUGGCGCGUCGUCUGGUAAUCGCACUGGGUUCGCUGGAAAUGGGUUGCCGGCCGCAAUUGGCGGCGGCAGGUCAGGGGAACGGGUGGGUGCUAGGGAAGAGUCGCUGAGGGAAGCUGGCGAGGCGGUGGCUGCGGCGUUGGGCGCUGACGCGUGCGCGGACUCCCUGCACGGGGCUCCCGCUGAGGGUGGGCGCGCAGCAUGCGCGGAAGGCGCGCGCGAGUGCGGAAGCGGGGUGAAGGAGGUGAAGGAGGUGUCGCGGAGUUUCGGGCGGCUGGUAACAGAGCUGUGGGCGGGGGAGGCGGCGGGCGCAAUCAGCCCCGCGGAGCUGCUGUCGAGCGUGCACAAGCACGUGCCGCACUUCGCGGGGUUCGGUCAGCACGACUCGCAGGAGUUUCUGCGAUCUCUGGUGGAUAAACUGGACGAGGAGACGCGGGGGCAGAGCGAGCUCCCAAAAUGUCACAGCCUGCCCGAAAACCUCGACCAGCUACCCGAAGCGGAGCAAGCGGACGCCCUCUGGAGGCAGCACUGCGUGCGGUUCGCCAGCCCCAUCCAGCAAAUAUUUUGCGGGCAGCUGCAGAGCACGAUCGAGUGUCUGACGUGCCACCACCGGUCGCACUGCUUCGACCCCUUUUUGGACCUGUCUGUGCCCAUCCCCCGCCGCCGCUUCUUCUCCUUCCGCGCGCCCUCCAUCCGCGACUGCCUGGGGGAGCUCCUGGCGGAAGAAACGCUGCAGGGGGACAAUGCGUACUCGUGCUCGCACUGCAAGAAGCCCAGCAAGGCUGUGAGACGACUGUCCAUUGUGCGCUUUCCCUCCAUCCUCGUUAUACACAUCAAGAGAGUGGCCUCGUCAGCGAUCUCCCUCUUUCAGAAGGACUCCACCUUUGUCUCCUGUGACCUUCACAGCCUUGACCUCUCAAAGUUCCAAAGCAGCUCACUCUCUCGAGAAAACCCCUCCACAGAGCCUGUCAGUCCUCCCAGCCCCAACAGCCGAAGCAGCAGCAGCAGCGGCAGCAGCGGGUCAGCCCCGGUGUACGAUCUAUACGCUGUGACGAACCACAUGGGGUCACUCUCUUCGGGCCACUACACAGCGCACUGCCGCAACCCUGCGGACGGGCAGUGGUAUCUGUUCAACGACAGCGGUGUGUCGCCCAUCGCUGCUUCUGCUGUUAUCUCCUCGUCUGCUUAUGUUCUCUUCUACCAGCUCAGACGCAAUCCUGAGGACUUUUGA